AUGGCGAAGCAACCGUACAUCCCUCCUUUAAUCGGCUGGCUCUAUGACCUAGUGCUAUGGACCUUCUCCGUGCUGUUUGUGGACUCCCUGAUUCUUAUGCGUGUGAUGCGCAGUGAAGCCCAGCGUCGCAUCUCAUGGCUCAUCGCAGCGAAAUCGUUUCGGCGCAAGUUUAUUGGCCUUUUAGCAAGGGGCAUAGGAACCGUACCUGUUGCCAGGGCAAUGGACAAUAUGAAAACUGGCACAGGAACGAUUUACCUGCCCGACCCUGUCAAUCAGCCGACUCUGGUCCGGGGUGUUGGCACCAACUUUGAGGGACCGGGUUUUGAAAAGGAAGGCACGAUUGCUCUACCAACCAUCAAUGGAAGUUCGCAUAAUGCUACGAUUGCUGAGAUUCGUGGCCAGGAGGAGUUGGUUCUAAAGAAGCCAUUCAAGGCUAAAGAUGCGCUGUUCCAACUCACGGGAAGGAAGGACAUUUCGGACGAUGGAAAGUUGACAGGUGAUGUGUCAGAUCGAGACCUCACGUGUUUCGAGGGCUCAAAAUUCAAAGUUUCGCCUCACGUGGACCAAACUGCAGUCUAUGAGGCCGUCUUUGCUCGGCUGAAUGCUGGUGGCUGCGUGGGUAUUUUCCCGGAGGGCGGUAGCCAUGAUCGUACUGAACUGCUCCCUUUGAAAGCUGGUGUCGCUCUAAUGGCGCUGGGCACGUUGGCUGAUAACCCCGACUGUGGUUUGAAGAUUGUGCCUUGCGGAAUGAAUUACUUCCAUGCCCACAAAUUCCGCUCACGUGCGGUCAUAGAGUUUGGAACUCCUAUUGAAGUCCCCAGGGAACUAGUGGAGCAGUUUAAGAGAGGAGAGCGAAGAGAAGCUGUCGGAACUCUGUUGGAUACUAUAUACCAGAGCCUGGUGGCAGUGACAGUGACCGGGACUGACUACGAGACACUCAUGAUUAUCCAAUCUGCUCGCCGCCUAUACAACGCUAAAGGAAAAAAGCUCCCACUGCCGAUGGUAGUGGAGCUCAACCGACGUCUAGUAAAAGGCUAUACUCAUUUUAAGGAUGACCCAAGGAUUGUACAGCUGAGAAAGGCAAUUGUGGGCUACAACUGGGAGCUGCGUAUCUUGGGGAUCCGUGACCACCAGGUGGACUAUGCCAAAUUCUCUUUUUUGGAAGUGAUCUAUACCUUAAUCUCUCGUCUGGUUAAACUAGCCUUGCUUGCUAUUGGGACACUCCCCGGCUUGCUUCUGUUUGCGCCUGUUUUCAUUGCUACCAAGUUAAUAUCUAUCAAGAAGUCUAAGGAAGCACUGGCUGCCUCCACGGUCAAAUUGCAGGGGCGGGAUGUCAUGGCCACGUGGAAACUACUCGUUGCCCUGGCAUUCGCACCGGCGCUCUACGCAUUCUACACCGCUGCCUUCACGUUUUGGACCUACCAUAACCGCAUCCAAGGCAUUGUGCCGGACUGGGUGCCACUGUGGCUGAUUGUGCUUAUUGGCAUGGUCCUGUUCCCAACGAUCACCUUUGCAGCCCUUCGGAUUGGCGAGGUUGGAAUGGAUAUUCUGAAGUCCCUCCGCCCCCUGGUUCUAUCCUUGAACCCAUAUUCCGCCAAUGCUCUGGUCAAACUACGCCAGAGACGUGCGGCACUAGCCCAGCAGGUUACAGACGCGAUCAACACGCUGGGACCGGAGCUAUUCCCUGACUUUGACGCCGCGAGAAUCGUCACGGAUCCUUUCCGUGAGGUCAACCGGAAAACAGAGGGCGAGCCAGCUCCGAUUCCCGAGAUCCGAAGGACCAAUACAACAGAUCUGGGAGAGGGAUUGGCCACUCAGGAGCCCCUGCCUCGCAACGAGUCGCUCCAUAAUCUCGCUAACAUUGGCUUUUUCUCCACCCGACCCCCGACACGCAGCCACAGCCGCAGUAGCUCAUUUGGCGGUCGACCUGGCUCGUCUGGACAGCAACUGAAGCCGCUUAGCCAGCUUACGACCAAUGGCGGCUUUGAGGAAGUUAGCACGAAGAUCCGGGAUGCUAUGCGGGAACGUGGUGAGCGACGGCGCCGGAAGAGCGAAGAUAGUAGCAGCUGGGAUAUGGCUGGAUCUGGACCGGGGACUCCGUCCAGUGAUGAGAAUAGGAAGGAUAUAUAA